CCAUUCAUUCGAGCAGCAUCAUCCCAGCAGCAGCGGCCCUCCCCUCCCGCUUCUGUCCGCCUGGAAAGAUGGCUGCUCCGGCGGUGGCGAGCGGCUCUGGCCCGGCGCUCUGCCCCAGCUUCGCGGUGGUCUGUUCGUUUCUGGAGCGUUACGGAGCGGCGCUCGACCUACCGGACAUGACCUUCGUGCAGAUGGAGACGUAUCUGCGGGACACGAGCGGAGUUUCCAGACAUCUUGUGGAGCUUCAUGUGAAGCUGCUCAGAAAAAUUGGAAGAUCUGUCACUGCUGACCGCUGGGAAAAAUACUUGGCUAAGGUUUGCCAGGAGUUAAACACCACUUGGGCAUGGGAGCUAGAACAGAAGGGCUACCAAGAGAUGUCCAUGGAAUGCAAAUCAGAGAUCCUCAAAUAUCUCUGCGAGUGUCAGUUUGAUGAGAACCCCAAGUUCAAGUUAGCAAUUAAUGAGGAGGACCCAGAGAUGAUGCGCCUGCAGCCAAUAGGUCGAGAUCGGCAGGGUCUGAUGUACUGGCUUCAGCUGGACCAGCAGCACAACGUGAGGCUGUACACUGAGGAGCAGGACGAUCUGGAUGGGUCAACCUGGAAGUGCAUCGUCAGGACCCGUGAUGAAUUAGCCGAAGCUCUGGAGCUCCUGAAGGUCCAGGUAGAACCAAAACAGAUCCAGGCCUGUUCUGGGAGUACCAGCCCAGCAGAGAGGGUCGAUAUGCCAGACAAAGGAGAUCAUUCCCAGUCUGUCAAAUGGGAAAAUGAUGAGUUUGAGGUGAAAAAACCGGAGGCAGAGGAACAAACCUUGGGUAAAGUGGAACCACUGUCUGCCAUCUUUGAUAACCGUGUGAGCACCAUCACCACAAUCAUCAAAGCAGAAUCAAAGGAUGAAGAUGUCACCAGGAACACGGUCUCUGUUGUCAUGGCACCAGGCUCAGUCUCGGCAAAGCAGGAAAUGAAAAGGGAGGAUGAUGCAGAGCGAGCAUUUGUAAGGAGCAAUCAGCAGGCCAAGAUCCCACUGAAGAAAAGGGAUCUCAAACUGACUGAGAGUUUCCACAGCAACCACCUUAGCAACAAUACAAACAGCAUCAUUGUUUGUAACACUUCAGUCAUCCAGGCUAAGGACAGAGAGGCCAAGCAUCCAAACUCAUCAGCCUCCCCUAGUGGUGCAGCCACCUCACAACUGCAGCAGCAACAUGCAGAUGCUGCAUCAUUGCAAGAACUGACCAAUGGACGCACUGGCCUCAUGGCACACAAAGAGGGACAGAAUGGGGUCAUUGGGGUCAUAGGUCAUAUAGGAGUCAUAAGUCGUGUGGGUGUCAUCCGCAGCUCCAUGGACCAUCACAGAGUGCCUCAUGUUGAGCAGUCACAGCAAAAUGGUCCGAGUACAGAACAGCCAGUGUCUGGAGUCGUGGAUGAAGCGAAGAUGAUGCGACGGCUGUCUGUGCUCGUAAAUAAAGCAACCGCUGAAGAGCAGGUGGCAGCAUCGGCCAUAGUCCCACCUCACGUAGGAAUGGGAGUGAUGAGGAAACUUGAUUCAUCAUCAUCCCCCAAGUCUGAUGUUCUCUGUCAGCAUGUAGAAAAUAAAAACUCUUUAAAUUCUGGUAGCAUCUCCUUUCAGGAACAGACUGUUAAAGAGCAGGUUAAAACGCCAGCAGAGGAACCAUUGGAGGAGAAAGAGGUGGACAGUGCCGGACACCAGCAAAGACCGGAGGAGCUGAAGGAGAGGAGAACAGAGGGGUCGCUGCAUCUUGUGGCUCAGACAGAGUGUCUACAGAAGAAGGACGAUAGAACUGUCCAGCCUGGUCAGGAUCCAGAGGCCCCUCAGACAGAGGGGGUCAAAGCCCAGACAAUAGCAAAGGAUUCCAGGCUUGAACUGAAGGACCAACAGGGUCCUCUGGAGGAAGCCUCAUCUGAGCUCCAAAAAGAAGGAAUCAGGCUGAAGAUCAAGAUUCCUCCUCACAGGAGAAACAAGCUAAAAGGAAGUGAGGGGAAAGACAAGAAAGACAGAGAGCAGGAGACACGAGAAGGGAGGACCCUGAGGAGAUCUGCCAGGAUCUGCAGACCAAGCACAAAGGCAGCUGACAGCCCGAAGAAGAAACUUGAAAGGAAAGACCUUUCCAGAAUAAGAGAAGGGGCGCAGGAGGAAGAAACUGUGGAUGAGCACAAAUCAGUUUCAAAGAAAGAAAUAAAAGCAGUGCCUGCAGGACAAAUCAGGAAGCGCAAGGGUAAACGUAGGCACGGGCACCCUCGCUGGUCGAACACUCGCCCAAAGAGGCAUAAGCUGGAUGAGCAAGAGGAGGACAGAGGAAGGGAGCCGGGAGAAAGAGAGGGAGAGAGCGACUCUCAGCAAUCCAGUAAAGCAGAAGAGUUUCAGAGUGAGGACGCCUGCACUCACUGUGGCCUCCCCAACCACCCUGAACUGAUUCUGCUGUGUGACUCCUGUGACAGUGGUUACCACACUGCCUGUCUGCGACCACCACUCAUGCUGAUUCCAGAUGGAGAAUGGUUCUGUCCCCCCUGCCAACAUAAACUGUUGUGUGAGAAGCUGGAGGAGCAGUUGCAGAAUCUGGACAGUGUUUUGAAGAAGAAGGAGAGAGCAGAGAGGAGGAGGGAGCGGCUCGUGUAUGUUGGAAUCAGCGUGGAGAACAUCAUUCCUGAGAAAGAUGAGGAAGAAGAGAAAACUGUGAAAAAGAAAGACAGCAAACACCUUAAAAAUCUGGGGAGGAGAUCAACCAGAACUCGAAAGAACAUCAGCUACAGGUUUGAUGACUUUGACGAUGCCAUUGAUGAGGCAAUAGAAGAAGACUGCAGAGAUAUUUGUCCAGGACAGGGACAAAAUAUUGGCACCAUUGUGUCAGAUGAGGGGAGACAGAGCCAGCGGCCAAUGAGAAGCUUUUCUGCAAGGAACAAAAGGAGGCGAAGAUUGAACGACCUGGAGAGCGAAAGCACAGCAGGCGAGAGUGAAGAAGAGUUUAUGCUCAGCAACAGCUCAGAUGAGGAGGAUUUUGCUGCAUCGGGAGCAGAUGAUGACUAUGGAGAUGGGGGCAGUGAAGUGGGCAGCCUGGACAGCGGGACCCGACCCAGGCGUAUCCUGAAAGGAAGACUGAAACGCAGACCCAGCAGGAUCCAGCGGCGAACCAGAAAACCUCUGAAGGGAAGGCAGAGGCACUUCUCUGAGGAUGACAGUGAUGAAGUCCUUGGCUCCGACCAGUUCAGCAACAUGUCUGACAGUGACAUGGACAAAAAGAGGCUGGGUCUGAGGCGGGGCCAGCGACAGCAGGUCAACUACUAUGAAGCUUCUGAUUCGUCAGAUAACUCUCCAGGUUCUGCCAAAGAUAAACCCCAUGGCAGCCGACGCAAGGAACACCUCUCCAGUGAUUAUAGUGAUGAGUCACCUUCAUCCAGGGACUCAGAGGAGGAUGACUAUGAAGAAGACGAUGAUGAGCAAAGAAGGGUGAGAAAGAGGAAAAGAGAGAGGGAGGCCUGCAGUCGAUACAUGACAAGACCAAAGAGAAGGCGGUACAAGGACAGCAAGGAUGAUAGUGACACAGAGAGCAGGAGGCAACCCAAAAGAAAACUGGAGGAUGAAAAAACAGACAUGACACCAGAGAGGACUAAAAAGGAAGGGGAAGAUUUGGAGAAGAUGGGCCGGGGGAAGAGGAGAGAGAUACUCUCGCAGCAGAGGCGCAGACGACUUGCUCAGAUGCUGAAGAAUCGGCGGCCUUCAACUGAUGACGAGGAUGACGAGGAAGGGUCUGAGGACUCGGACUCUACCUCAGAGGAGGAUCGGCCCAUACGGAAAAGACUCAACCGCAUAGACUCAGAUGAAGGAGAAGAUGAGGAGGAAGGAGUUCAGACGGCGACGACCCAAAGGUUUUCAGAAGCAGAGGGGAAUUCUCGGGUUUCUGCAGACGAUGACAAUGAAGACAGUGUCACACAGGAAAUGGGGAGGGGCGAUGACCCCACCCCAUCAAAUGGACAUUGGACCUCCAGAGGGUCUUCGGUGCCUGAUGGGGGCAGUUCUGCAGGACACAGUGCAAGAAUAGCCCCACAGGAAAGACAGAAUGGACCCUUACACCCAGAAUCUCCUGAUGAUGAGGAGGAGGAGUCGGACUCUUUAAACUCCCUCCAGAACAGUCCACAGUCCUGAUAGAUGUUUUUAUGUAAAUAAACACCCCCCCCACUGUCAGGCCUUUCACCAUCUUUAAAAUCUGAUGCGUCUCCCUUCUUCUCCUACCUCUUUCUCUUCUCACCUUUUCUUUUCCUUGCUGUUGUAUGAUGGUGCCGUGCUCUCCAUCAUCACCACACACCAUCAGCAUAACUUAACGGUACCCAGUUAAGCUCAGCGUCACCGCCAGCACAUUGGACCAAAAGCAUCUCAAACACACACACACACAGGGUUUGAGCUCAUUUCCCCAAGCCGUACCUUCUUUGUUUUUCUGAGUCUAUCACCAACACAGUGGCCCAUGGUGACGCAAACACGCCCCAGCUGGGUGUGAUCUAAAUGGACCCAAUAGCUCAUUUGUAGUGUAUAUCAUUUCAAAAUCUCUUGUUCUCAUAGCACUUAAAGCUGCCAGCCAGGAGCGUGCCAUUGACAGCCUGAGCACAGUCUGCCUUCAGACCCCAUGCUCAAACUUUGUUGUAAAUAUGAAAUUGUAGACUUGGUGUGAAAGUGGCCAAAAGAAAGCAUAACCUGCUAGAAAAAAAGUUAUGGAUGCUUAGUUUUCUCAAUGCAAGAGAAAGUUUUUACACCAAAGGGGAACUCCCUUAGAAUUGGAGCUUGAUUUUUUUUUAAUUAUUAUUAUUAUUAUAUACACACAAAUGUAUAUUGUGCAGAAUGAUUGCACAAGUCAACCAAGUAACCAUAAGAGCAUAAAAUACAAAUUCAUAAUUAUGUUCUGUCAUUAAACCAAGCCACAGGUGUGACAGUGUUGCCUCAUUAUUGGAGGUAAAUGAAGAAGAACGGUCUUGAAGCUGAUUGGCUGAGGCUGUGCAAUGGCUACUUGACAUAAGGCGAAGGAACGAUGGCGAGGGCGCACUCUGAGAGCCACAGGGUUUGGCUUCACACUGGUCACUUUGACAGAGUUGGUCACAUUUCCUGUACAUAGUUUGCUCGUGCACUGUUCUUCCUCUGAUAAUAGACGUCCUGUCCUCUUGUAAAGUAUAGUGUUCUAUUUUCUAUAUGAAGGAGAGGAGGGUUCGUGCGAAGCUUCAGCAGCACGUUUUGUUUUCUUUCUUUGCUGUUGAUUCUGUAAAACAACAUGAACUCACGUUUGGAGAUUAAAUUUGGAGGGAUUAUUGGAAUGUGUUUUUAAGAAGAAAUACAGCUUUCUUCUGUUUUUUUUUUUCUCUUUUUUUUUGAUUGAAGCUCAGGGGAGACAAAAUAUAAACACUGAUCGCCAAUCAGAUGUUAUGAGCAUUUGGUUUCUCUGCUGGCUGCUUCGUCUUUGAUAUAAUCACAGUUUGAGGAUCUCUGACGUGUAUAAAAGCUGUUGAGUUUAGGUACUCUAAUGUACAAACACAGAAUGGUCGAAACAAUAGUUGCACUGUGUGGGUUUUAAUUUUUAUCCUGUUGAUUGUUUUAGUUUUAAUCAUGGGGCCCAGGUCAAACUCA